CUUUAAGCAUGUGUGUUAGAGGUUAGAAAGUGUAAAUGAUCAUGUCUAUGCAAACACAUUUCCAGAUUUUUAUACUUUUUAUCUUUGCAAAACUCAAGAUGAGUUCAGGGCUGAUAUUUUAUUUUAUGAGGGUAUUUGUAGUGAUUUAGCCUUGAACGUACCAUGCUGAAUGUAUUUAAUAGAUGUUAUAUUUUCUCGCAUUCCAAUUUUUUUCCCAAUAGCUGACCCAGUAAUUGCAGUCAUUGCUUAGUUGUUAUUCUCCACUAAACCUUUCACAUAGCUUAUCGUUCGGAUUUAAAUGAACUGAAGACAGCCGGCUAACUGUGUAAUUCCAGACUGAUUCUGUGAAGGAUGUCUAUUAACAGUCUAGCAGUGACCUUAUUCACAGGUUAGAAAAGAAAUGAGGUUUUCUCCUAUGAAAGCCUUUUUCGGCUCUUUCGGAAAGAGAAAUGCUGUGUUUUUCUAUACUGUGACAUCAGAUUGCACUACAUUAGUUUUUAUUUUGUACAUUUGAUGGUAACCGUGCGUACAAGUCUGUGAUUGCUGUAUACAUCCAGCCGUCAGUGCAAGUGAAAAGAAAUGUAAAUGGUUGCGAUUCAAGCAGUGACAUAACUACAUGUCCCACAGGUAAGAAACUAUCGAUUUAAUGUAAUCAGAUUAAAUGUGUGCUAAAUGAAAGAGAUUUUUUUUUUUUUUUUUUACGUCAGUCUAUUAAACGAAGCACAAAGAUAGACAGAGCAAUUUCCUGUGAUUCAGUAUAAUAACAAGCCAAACAAAAUAGUGUACGUGUGUAUGUCUGUCUGUCUGUCUUUUGAUAGCAUAUAACAGCCGUUUUCAGAGUAUGGGAUUAUUUCUGUUAAAGUUUUUCAUUCAUCAUUUUGCACUGCAGCGAGCAUUUAUGUGGCUGUUACACCAUUUCUACUUCAACAACAAUCAUUCACACAAAUGUUCUGUAGAAAUCAUAAUUAGCUUCUGCAUAUAAUAGCAUGUAUGCAUUACAGUUUAUUGUAAGAUGGAUGAUUACACGUGCAAUAAGGAAACAAGCAAUAUUUUUUAAAAUAUUUUACACUGUACUCAUUUAAUUGACAUCUUGUCAUGCUGCUGAAUGGAAAAUAUUUACUGGAUCUCUCAGGAGUUAUGCUCAAAUAGUGAAAAGGAUGUUCCAGCACUCAAAGAGGACUCGUAAAGGACAUUAAAUAUUUAUAAACACCCGUAACAUACCUGCGGAAACCUCAUGAGAUGAUUCAUGGAAUAUGUCAUGCUGUCAGGAUGCCAAUAAUCUAAAAAGAAGUGAUUUGUGUGUUUGUGUAUGUUUGUGUGUGUGUGUGUGUGUGUGUGUGUGUGUGUGUGUGUGUGUGUGUGUGUGUGUGUGUGUGUGUGUGUGUUUGAAACUUUUAAACUAACCAACUUUAGUCAGAAGUGUAGAAUACAUGGAAUAUCAAUGUACAAGUGAAGGAUUAAUGGAAGGUCACCUGUCUUCUAUCUCUUCUUAUAAAUACAAGCUGGCAUUUCAUAUCUUGUCAAAGUUCAGGUUUCGACUCAUAUUCACCUGUCUGUUCACCCCUCUCUCUUUCUGUCCAAUUCAUUUCUUUUCUCUUCUUCUCUGCUCAGAAUGCAGUAAGUCAUUUGCAUUUUUAUUCUUUCUCUCUUUUCUCCCUUAGCUGACAAGCCCCUUGUUUCACCUUCGGUAAUAGUGAGUUUUUUUCCAUAAUACUGCACUGCCUGCACUUGUUGCUAGCUACAACAGGACGUGCUGUUGGUAGAAUUAUUACGUAGGCAGUGUCCCCAACUCCUCACAUUAUUAGUGUGAGCGUGUUGAAAGUAUUACUUUACACAUCCUUCACUCUGAGACUGUUGCCUCAGAUCAUCUCUAUUCAUCUGUCAGAAUAUAUAAAUCAACCCAGCAUGGCUAUAGCUCUGUGUGCAUGAGUAACUUCCAUUAUAUGAAUCUCUAUUUGACAUUCAGUGCAUGUGUAAGCAAAUGAAUAAUUUCUACCCCAUAGCAGGUUUGUUAAAUAAAGUCUGAACAAUUUCACUCUGAAAAUGAAAUCAUAAUAACUAUACUGAAUUUACUGGAGGAUUACAGCUAGGACCUGUGCUGUAAUGCUGCUCCUAAUAGUGUAGAAUUAUAUCAGAAGAGCUUGUAUACAGUUUGUUUUGGCAUCCAGCUCAGUCAAAAUGUGUGAAGGAUUCUAAAUAUGGCAUUUAUCAUGUCCCCUAGACAGUUCUUUCACACUUAGUCUUCAUUAUCCCUCUUUCAUCUAUUAUAUAUAGUAGUUCUAGCGUUUUUCUCUGCUAUAACUUCAUAUUGUUGUCUAUAGCGGACCCAGGAAGUCGGUUACCGAGGAGGCCCAUCGACAGAGGCUUAUUAGCACCGUUUCUUUUCGUGCCAUUGCUGUCAGUGGCACCCUGCACAGCAACCUGCCUAAGUCUGAGAGCAGUGUCACCUUGUUCUCUGAACUACACUCGCUCAUUACCCAGAAUCCCCCCUACAUGGAGAGCAUUUCCAAUCCAGUCACGAGCACCAAGACUCACAUGCUUGGCAGCUUCUGGGAUAUUGGCUCUUCAUCACCCACAAACGCUGGGAAUCAGAAGUUUACCUGGUCCUUGCCUUGUCGUAUUCAUGAGCGAGAAAUUUAUGACACACUGCGAGAACAAGCCCUUUGGGACCCCGCUGAGCGAGAAGAGCAUGAGCUGGAGGCAGAUCUUAAGGACAGCAUAGAAGAAUUUGAUGCUGGAAUGGGGACCCCGAGUGGUCGUAGCACGAAGCUGUCAGUUAGGGAACAGGCCAGACAGUUUGAGCAGCAGGCACUCUCUGAUAAGACUUCCAGAGACUCCCAGGACUCUCUGGAUCUAGAUGACCUUCUAGCUAUUAUUGAGCCACAGUCCAGUUCAGGAAUUGCGGGAAAGGAAACCCCCCCUUGCAUUCUCAUCACAGGCACCACACCCCCUCCACCAGCCACCCAGCAGUCGACUCCCCCAGUCCUGAGGAGGUUUAGUUCCAGUAUCUCUAGCUAUGUCAUAGUGGAACCCUGUGAGAUAUGGCUGGAAAUUAUACCUGAUUCCCCAGAUAGCCCACCAUGCCCAUCCACUGUUUCUCUGUCUCCUGGUGCCUGCUCACCUCCCGUUAAUUUUGAAAGCUAGAUCUCCUCAACCUAAUUACAGUAUAAUACCCAGAUUCCACCCUGGCAUCUCUGAAACCAUACCUCCUCCAGAGACUUCGCAAUGUCAAGGCCAGAAGAAAGAAUAUAACUAUUCAUUAUAAUUCAGAAUUGUAUAAAAAUGAUUCUGAAUUGUAAUGACACUAGAAAGGACAAAAUGAACCCCUAUAGCCACUCUGACAGGAAGUACAAUACAGGGGAAAUAAAGGCCAAGAGUUUGAUAAGAACUGAAUAAGAGUCUGAAUUAGACGAAUCUGACACAAGCCCAGCAGAUUUUGCCUCACACCUGGAUUCAAAAUCAAACUCCUUAAAUCCUAGCCCAGAUUCAGAGCAGCAAGCAGACAGAGCUUCCCCAUAUAAAUAUUUCUCACUGAACCUUCAGGACCUUUUUCUCUUUAAA